GGUGGGAUAGAAGCAGCGACAUCCACGACCAAAGAGACAAAAAGAUGGGGUCCCCAGUCUGGUAUAAGAGGGGCAAAGGCUCAUUUACAGCUGAGGCUCAUCCUCUCCUCUUCUACAAGCUAAGAAAUGGUCCGUCCUGAUCUCUCGCAAAACAAGACGAAGCGUAUCCUCAAUCAUGCCAAGCAACACAACUACGCUGUUCCUGCCGUCAAUUGCUACACGGUCGAAUCCAUUCUCGCGACGGUGAAAGCUGCCAAGGCCGAACAGUCGCCUGCUAUCAUUCAGGUCUUUCCAUGGGCCUUGCAUGCAGCAGAACACCACUUGAUUGCCAAGAUUGCAGUCCUUGCUGCCUCCACCGAACCCAAUAUCGCCGUGCACAUUGACCACUGCCAAGACUACGAAGAUUGCAAGCUUGCUAUGGAUCUAGGGUUCGACAGUGUCAUGGUUGACAUGUCCCACUACGAGCCUGCUGAAAAUGCACAAAAGACAAAAGAGCUGACGGAGAGAGCGCAUGCAAUGGGCAUCACUGUGGAAGCGGAGAUGGGCCGUAUUGAUGGUGCAGAGGAUGGUGUGGAUGCACCGGAUAUGGAUGGUCUUUUGACAGAUCCCCAAGACGCAGUGCGAUUCAUUGCUGAGACGCGAGUUGAUUACCUCGCUCCAGCAUUUGGUAACAUGCACGGCGCGUAUCCUAGAGCAGGUCCUGGCAGCGUCUUGCAGCUAGACCGACUUCAGCAGAUCCGUGAAGCAUGUCCAGAAGACGUUCACCUUGUGCUGCAUGGUUUCAGUGACUUUCCUAAUGAGCUCAUUGUUCAAUGCAUCAAAGCAGGCGGUAUACGUAAAGUCAACAUCAAUAAAACGAUCUGCGAGCGGUAUAUGCAGUGGGGCAGAAAGGCAUGGGGUGCAGUACCAGAAAACAAGCAUAUUGGUCUGACGACUUGGAUUGAGGGAGCCAUUGAUGGCCAUUACCAAGACAUUGUCGAGCACAUGCGCAUCUUCCAGAGCACGGGAAAGGCUAAACUCAUGUAGUCUCCGCUCGUCAAGCUCUCGAGGUGUCUCACAGAUUGCAGAUAAUCAAGUCGAUGGCCACACUUGUUCAAACGUGCUCUUUGCCUGGCACGCAAUACUAGACUUGACACUUGAGCGUGAGCAUUCAACCAUUCGCUCUUCAUAUGGGUCUUUGAGUCAUCGGGAACAACAUAUCGCCCUCGCUGAAUGACAUUGAUCGACGAUCUGGGUUAUCUCUGCCUUCUUGAGGCACUGCCACAUCGUUACAAAAACAGGAUGCAGGCAGACU